AUGGAAGAUAAUAAUGGAUUGGAAUCUCUUUAUGCUGAAUUAUUUGGUUAUGAAAGUGAUCAAAUAGAAAUAAUUGAAAACACAGUAGAAACUAUUGAUUUGGAUAAUUAUAUUGUGAGUUCAAAUAACAUGAACAUCAAGUUAGAACCAAACGAGGGAGUUAUUGAAGUGAACAACAGAAGCAAUACACCAUCUAAUAAUGACAUGCCAAUAAAUAGAAAUUCACCAGAUAUAUUUGAAGGAAAUAUUGAUGAAAAUAUAACCGAUGGAAAUAUAACGUGCGUCCAAACUGUAAACAACAACAACAACAAUUCUAUAUUAAAAACUAAAGCACAAAGAAAAUGUUUCGGCAAAAAUGCUACUUUUUCCAAAAAUAAAAAACUUCAAAAAAAUCUGUUAUCUGAAAAUGAUCGCACCAAUAAAGAACUUCGAGAACAUGGAGAAAACUAUAAAGGCUGGAGUAUGAAGAAACGUGGCAAAAUGCGUAGUAGUAAAAUCUUAGGACCACAUCUCAAAAAUGUGCGGCCUCCAAAAAAUUUAAAUGUAACCAGAUAA